AUGUCUUUUUCCUCAAAUUCACCCCCAUUGCCCGAUUGUAAGGGUCCAAAGCUCUGUGAGUUUCCUGCCAGCAUCGAAGGCAUCAAAUUCUUGCGCACGCUAUCCUCCGAGACAAACCACGGCGACGGCGAUGUGCCUCACAGCAGGGUCUUCCUUGUUGCGUUAGGAGAUCAAAGAUAUGCCUUGAAAGUUUUCAACUUUUUCAGCUUGGAGGAACUUCGUCCUUUUAUCCCUGGCGGCGAUCAUCUCUUGGAAAAUCGCGACAAAAUGAUACAGGACCAGCUAGAUCCAUUCUAUGCCGAGUGUCGCGCGUUUGGGAGGCUCGUCCAAAAAGAAAAGGACGAUGAACUUGCAGUUCGGUGCUAUGGAUACAAACUGCUACCGGCGGCUGUAGAACGUCAAAUUAACAAACAAUUCAAAAUCAAAGACUGGAACCGAGGAAAGGGCCACGAGAGGCAGCCUUUGAGGGCAAUCGUCAAAGCCUAUAUUCGAUUUCGCACUCCGUUUGCUAGAAGGAAGUUCCCUCUUAUGAGAGAAAAGAUCAAAGAGCUGAACGCCCUAGGUAUCUAUAACAUGGAUAUACGGGAAGACAAUUAUUUGGGCGGGCGCCUCUUUGAUUUCAGCAUCGCGAUCACGGCACCCCAUCUAAGUCUUUGGACAAAGCUGCGGUUUGAAGAUCAGAUAUUGGCUGACAUCAACUACGAUUUGGAAUGUUUUGAUUAUAUGGUUGGCGAGAAGGAAAAGGAAAAUGCCAAAAUGGUAAAGCAUCCGCGGUCUAGGUAUAAUUUGAGGCCGCGGUCCGCGCGGGAGCCGCAUGGCUGA